CCUUGUCUGUGGCAGCUCAAAGUGGCCCAGGCUCUGCUCAAAGGCGACAGCGAUGUUAUAUGCACAGCGGGCACUGGAAUGGGGAAAACACUUGGAUUCUGGUUACCUUUGCUGUUCCAUGACGGUGGCAUUCAAAUCAUUGUCACUCCUCUCAAAGUC